AUGUCCACUAAAGCGGAUAGGGGCGCACAGGUAGAUGCGACCCACCUAGAGUGCCUGAAAGCGGAGUGGGUUGCAGACUGCGCCGGACGGGAGGUCAUGGGCACGGAUGAAGCUCCCGCGGCGCGCAGGCUCAGCCGCAGCCCGAAGUGCGCUCGCUGCAGGAACCACGGCGUCGUGUCGCGCCUGAAGGGCCACAAGCGCCUGUGUCGCUGGCGGGACUGUCAGUGCGCCAACUGCCUGCUGGUCGUGGAGAGGCAGCGAGUGAUGGCAGCUCAAGUCGCCCUACGGAGACAGCAGGCCACAGAGGGUAAGAAAGGUCAGAAAAACAGCGCUGUUCUCAGACGCACAGCUUACCAGCGCUACACGAGGGCACCGAGUCUCUUGGCAAAGAGUAUUCUAGAGGGCUACAAGCCACCAGUACUGGAAGACUGGCCGAAGCGACUCCACCAACCCCCCGUGAGUGUUCGGAUGAGGAAGAGAAGAGCGUUUGCUGAUAAAGAGCUGGAGACGGUGAUGCUGGAGAGAGAGCUGAGGCAGAGAGACAUAGAGGAGCUGCCCUCUCUCCUCCUGCAGGCUGUGGUGCCCUCUGCCCCCUCCCCGUAUUUCUUCCCGUUGUCAGACCCAAUCAUGCCCACAUUUGUGCCUGUUUCCAAAAACAGCCCACCUUUGACUGACUGUGAUCUCCGUCAACACGGGCUCAAAUCUAAAACUCUAGACACACUGACAGAUGACGUCUCUCUGAGAGUGUGCAAGAAUUGGGACAUUUUCAGUUCCAUUCAGUCCCCAUUGCAAUGUUACAACAGCACAAGCCCAGGUGUCAACUUGGUUAAAAACACACCGGACAGAAGCUUUUCUGAUUUGUAUGUCAAACCAAAAUUUGCAGUUGCUGACAUCAUGUCAAAGCAAGACAUUCCUCCAAUACUGAACAUGGCGGAUGUGUUGAUACAUGCAAAAUCGCCACACAAACGCUGCAGGUCAUUGGGACAUGAGGCCUCUGUACGUUUGGACUGUGUGGAGGGUGCUAGUAAAGACCCCGUCAAAAAAGCUGUAACACGGCCAUUACCCUUUUCUGUCGAGGCACUGCUCAUGAGAUAA